CACCCAAUGAAUUUCAAAUAUUAGGCCAUUCCAAGCUUCAUUCUCUCAACAUUUUCCUCUUAUUAAGGAAGAUCUCUGGGUUUCUAACUCACUCUUACAAGCUCAGGAGCUCGUGGAUUUAUUUUCCACUAAGUUAUUAAAUCAUGGAUGAAGUUGUCACACAAAGAACAGAGACCCGUCCGCUCCGUGGUGCAGGGAACAGUAGCUUGCCAAACUUCAUAAGGAGAUGGAACAGGCUUUUAGCCAUCUUUUGCUUGGUUUCAAUAUUUAUUGAUCCUUUGUUUUUCUUCACUAUUCAUGUGAACAAGGAAACCAAAUGUAUUCCUAUAAACUGGGUAAUAGCAAAAGCUCUGGUUGGAAUGAGAAGCAUAACCGACUUUGUAUUUUUACUAAACAUUCUUCUUCAGUUUUGGUUGGCAUAUGUUUCUCCCAAGUCUAGGGUGGUUGACGGUCUUACAAAAAUAGCUCUUAAAUACUUUAAGGGUUAUUUUCUCAUUGACUUAUGUGUUGUGAUACCUCUUCCGCAGAUAUUAUUCUUAUUUCUCCUGCCAAAUCCCUCCAAGUCAGAUGGAGAACAACAUGCAAAGAAGCUUCUUAUCAUAUUGAUCCUUGUCCAGUAUAUUUUCCGGCUGUUCAGAUUUCUACCUCUGCUGAUUGGCCAGUCUCCAUCUGGUUUUAUAUUUAAGUCUGCUUGGGCCAAUUUCAUCAUAAAUCUUCUCUUUUUCAUGCUAUUUAGCCAUAUCGUUGGUUCAUGCUGGUACCUCUUUGCUCUACAGAGGGUUGACCAGUGUUUGAUAGAAGCCUGCCACCUUGCCGAUCUACCUUUAUGCAAGGCAUUGAUAGACUGUAAUUCUAAUUUUCCGGCUAUAUCCGCUGCAUGGGGAGCUGAUUUAGGUGCAGGAAAUUGUUUUAACGUCACAUCUGGUGAUUUUUCGUACGGAAUAUAUGGGAAUGCUCUACCGCUGACCGUACAAGCCAGUGUGACCGGCAAAUAUAUCUAUUCCCUCUUUUGGGGAUUUCAGCAACUUAGCACCCUGGCAAGAAAUCUGACCCCCAACCAUUUUGCGUGGGAGGUCAUGUUCACCAUGUCCAUCAUUGGAUUGGGACUCUCCCUUUUCGCAGUCCUCAUUGCAAACAUUCAUAAUUUUCUCCAAGGUCUCGCACGAAGGAGGCUCGAGAUGCAGCUCCGAAGCCGUGACGUGGAGCAUUGGAUGGGCCGUCGUGGCUUAUCUGAAGAUCUCAGAAGGAGAAUUAGAGAAGCCGAACAGAAUGCUUGGGAAGAAACACGAGGUGUUCCGGAUGAAAUGAUUCUCCGGAACUUGCCAGAGGGACUCGUGAGUGACUUACGUCAGUUCCAAGAGAAUGCCGAUCAUUCUGUUUAGAGGAACGUGCGGCUGGGUGUGGAAUCCGUUUAGUGCAGUCAAGUAUUUGUGGUUGAAGGCUUGGAUAAUGUAGCUGACAGUAGAAAUUUCUGUCUUGUAGGUUUAGUGUGAUAAAUUUAUUUUGGUUAAGACUCUUGGCAGGGAUUCAGAAUUACUUCUGGUUUACUUCUGUAGGUUUUUGUUCAAAGAACAUCAUAAGAAACUAUGUAUUCCACUA